GACUCCAAAAGAUAAAGAAAUGCACAGACAGAGCCCAACUACCAUCCGACCCUUUCCAUCCUCACCAGCAGUGAAAUCUCCACACAGCGCUACCAUGAGUAUGAGGAUCACACGCAGCAGCCGCCAAGGAGUACGCAUGUCUUCAGGGGGCUUCAGUAGCAUGUCCAUGGGAUCCUACUCCAUCCCCAGGAUCAGCGGGGCUCACCAGGAGGCCUCGAUUACAGCUGUGACUGUCAACAAGAGCCUGCUCACCCCAAUUAAGAUAGACAUUGACCCGAGCUUCCAAGCUGCUCGCAGCCAAGAGAAAGAGCAGAUCAAGACCCUCAACAACCGUUUUGUCUCAUUCAUUGAUAAGGUAAGACACCUGGAGCAGCAGAACAAAAUGCUGGAAACCAAGUGGAAGCUGUUGCAGGGACAGACUGCCACCUCCUCUAACGUUGAACCCAUGCUGAAGGCCUACAUCGCCGACCUCCAAAGGCAGCUGGAGUCUCUCAACAAUGACAAACAAAAACUUGACAUGGAGAGCAAUGCCGUGCACAAAAAUGUGGACGACUACAAGACAAAGUAUGAGACAGAGAUCAUCCAGAAGAAUGAUGCAGAGCAUGAAUUUGUCAUGCUCAAGAAGGAUGUAGACGCAAGGUACAUGUCCAAGAUGGAACUGGAAGACAGUGUGUGUGUUAUCCGGGAUGAAUUCAACUUCCUCAAGGCUCUGUAUGACGAGGAGCUGCGUGAGCUGCAGGAGAGCCUGAAGGAGACCUCUGUGGUGGUGCAGAUGAACAACUCCCGUGGCCUAAAUAUGGAUCAGAUUGUGUCUCAGGUGAAGGCUCAGUAUGAGGACAUUGCUGCCCGCAGCCGCGAAGAAGCUGAAAGCUGGCACAAAAACAAGUUUAACCAGAUGACUGCAGAAGCCGACCAAUACGGCAAUGAGCUGCGUAGCACAAAGGGGGAAAUAUCUGAGCUCAACCGAAUGAUCAGCCGCCUGCAGAAUGAGAUCCAGGCUGCAAAGGCACAGCGUACCAACCUUGAGGACCAGGUAGCCGAAGUGGAGCAGCGUGGGGAGGGGGCCGUGCAGAAUGCCAAGGCUCGCAUCAGGGACCUGGAGCUGGCUCUGCAGCGGGCCAAGCACGACAUGGCUCUGCAGCUCAGAGAGUACCAGGAGCUCAUGAGUGUGAAAAUGGCACUGGACAUAGAGAUCUCCACCUAUAGGAAGUUACUGGAGGGAGAGGAGGAAAGACUUGGAAAGGACUCUAUUCUCAACAUCCAAACAGUCCACACCAACACCGUCCAGGUUGACAACUGCAGGCCACGAAGACGAAGUGCAGUUCUCAUCAAGACAGUGGAGACCGAGACCCAUGGCAAGACAUGCACCAUUGCAGCACAUUAGCCUGUUGGAUUACUGUGGCCAUUUAACUUUUAGUGUAAUCUCUUUGUAACCUACAAUAGGCCAACUACACAAAUAAGCCAAUGUGUGUAUUUGUUUAUUUUUAUUUUCCUUUUGGAUGUCACAUUAUUUACCACUCCCUGUGUUUAAAAUAAAGAUCAAGUCUACUC